GAUAUCAACAGAGAUCUCCUCAUUGCCAAGAGGCAUCUGCAGCAUCUGAGAAAAGAAGAACUGAAGGAGCUAUUUCUGGAACUGGGACUCUUUGACGCAACAGUUCAGAACAAUUUCGACAGAAGUCGAGACACUUACGCAGAGGAUCUCAUUCGCGCAUGGAUACUAGGAAAAGAUGGAAUCGGGACUAAAGAGGAGUACAAAGAAGGAGAAACGUGGGAAAACCUCAAGAAAGCUCUCAGGAAAAUUAAUCAUCAUGGAGUAGCUGAUGCAAUAUGACUUGCUGUACACGAAGCAUUGUAUACUUGGUUUGAAUCACCCAUGUUGAUCUCCCUUUUAUAUACCUGGUCAUUAUGUGUUGUUAUCA